AGCCAAUCAGAAGUCGUCCUCGGUUGUAAACACACGGUCGGUUGUUCGGAGCCUCUUUAAAACCAACAGCAGCAGCAGAGACAACAAAGCGAGGAGAGACAUGACGAGAGUCAGCGAGACAAGCGAGGCUGCCAUGACAAGCAGCAGCAGCAGCAGACAGGAGGGCCCUGGAGGACUGUGGGACUCUGUGAAGAAAGCUACCUUUGUCAUCGGAUCUGGAAUCUUAUUCUUGGCUGCAUUUGGCAACUCGCUGACAUGGCAUCUUCAGAGAUUCUGGGGAGCUUCAGGAGAUUUCUGGCAGGACUUGUGGACCAAGCUGUACUUGAAGUUUGAGGGUCAUGAUGCUGCUUUGUUCUACUUCGGGACGAUGGUGUUUCCCCCUCUGGCGUUCUGGGUGACGAACGGUCUGCUGCUGUUGGUGGACAUCACUGGAAAACCCGCCUUCAUCACUCGCUAUCGCAUCCAGGUGGACAAGAACAACCCGGUGGAUCCAGCGAAGCUCCGCAAUGCGCUCAAGACGGUCAUCUUCAACCAGGUGGUCAUCUCUGGGUCCAUGGUGGUGGCGGCUUACUACCUGAUGAGCAUGAGAGGGAACCCCUGUGGCCCCGAGCUGCCCACCUUCCACUGGGCCCUGAUGGAGCUGGCUUUCUUUUCCCUCACCGAGGAAAUUAUGUUUUACUACUCACACAGGCUGUUCCACCACCCGAGCCUCUACAAGCACUUCCACAAACAGCACCAUGAGUGGACCGCUCCCAUCGGAGUCGUCUCCAUCUACGCUCAUCCUCUGGAGCACAUGAUCUCCAACAUGCUGCCGGUGGCAUUGGGGCCGGUGAUCCUGGGCUCCCACGUCACCACCACCACCUUGUGGUACUGCCUGGCUCUGGUCAGCACCACCAUCUCCCACUGUGGAUACCACCUGCCCCUCCUGCCCUCCCCUGAAUUCCACGACUUCCACCACCUCAAGUUCAACCAGUGUUUCGGGGUCUUCGGCGUCCUCGACCGGCUCCACGGCACCGACACCAAGUUCAGGGGUACCAAGCAGUACGAGCGCCACACCCUCCUCACCAGCCUCACCCCUCUGAGCGAGAGCAUCCCCGACACACCCAAGAAGGGCCAGUGAUGACCUGCGACCCCUGACCUUCUAACCUCAGGCCAACGCCUUCGUCAAGUUUGGGAUCAGCAGCGGAUUCAUCUUAAAAUGACUGUUAUGAUUAUUUUAAUCCAGGAAAAACCUGUCGACCAGGAAAGUCUCCCCACUCUCUCACCAACAUCUUUUUUCUCAAGUCGCAGCAAAGUUUCAGUCUAUCAGGCAGAGAGAUUUCAUGCAGAUUUUUAAAAAAGAAAAACGUGUUUUAAUCUGUUCCUUCCCAUGAAAUCAUCUUCUUGUGUGACCAGGAAGGCUGAUAUUGAAGUUCAUAACUGAGCUAUUUUUCUAUUAAAUUAAAAUGUGAAUGUAACCCCAGGAAAGUGUUUGGAAGCAAAAGUCUGCCAGUAAAGUUAUCCAUUAUAUUAAAAACAAAACAAAGAGUAAGUCAGAUUUAUGAGUGAAGAAGUCACAGGUUCUUUUUCCUUUUUCUUUUUCCAUGAAUAAUUUUUUAUCCACUUUGUCGCACUUUCUUAUGUUUGUAUUUCCUUCUUAAUUUCAAAUUCAAGGAUUUUAUUUGAAAUUUAGGGCAAAUCAAAAUAUAACCUGGUGUCAUGUUUAUUGUACAGAUCCCUGCUGAGGAAUAUGGAGGUUGAUCAGAGUGAAAGCAAAUCAUUAGUAAGCGUGAUGAGAUUCAGCGUACCUUUACUUUAUGUUUUUGUUUUCCUCAGCUUCCUAAAAACCUCUCAGCUGACACAAAUCAAACUUUAAUGAAUGCACCACAGUUUUAUUCUGCCAAAACUGCAAGAGGAAGCUCCAGGUAUACUCACCUGACAGUGUCACGGUGUCCGAAUGGACGGAUCACAGCGGCCAACAAUCCUGAAUAAUGAGAGCAAAUUCUGGUUCAAACCUCACGGUGGUGAUAUUUAUCAUCUCCACUCACUUGUUUUUAAAAAUGAUUGUGUUGGGAAGACUUCCACUAAACGACAUUUGUUUACUUUUUUUUAUUAGUCUUAGCUCUAACAUUAAUGUCUAUUUAAUCUCCAGUUACGUUGUAAUUCUUAUUAACACAUUUUCUGUUUUCAGCAGUGUUUAGUGACAGACUCAGACUCUUCUGCUGCUCAGACAGAAGACAACUUUGCACUUUUCAUUCGUUUCUGUGGCACUUAAAGACAUUCUUGAAUGUUAGAUGUGUCUGUGUGUAUUACAGGAGGCCUCGGUAAUGGUUGUAUAAGAAAUGAAUGUUCAAGAAGAGAUCUCCUACUGUGAUUGAGUAAUGUAACAAUGUUUAAACUGGACUGUUUAAUAUUAAAACAUUAUAAGAAAAGA